CUUGCACAUGCAGUGGUCAUGCAAAUAUUUGUCACAUGCAAACAGGAAAAUGCUUCUGCACAACCAAAGGAAUCAAAGGAGACCAGUGUCAACUUUGUGACUCUGAAAAUAGAUAUCUUGGUAAUCCACUCAGGGGAACAUGUUACUAUAGUUUACUGAUUGACUACCAGUUUACCUUCAGUCUGUUACAAGAAGAUGAUCGUCAUCAUACUGCCAUAAACUUCAUUGCAAAUCCUGAACAGUCAAACAAAAAUCUGGACAUAUCAAUUAAUGCAUCAAAUAACUUUAACCUCAAUAUCACAUGGUCUAUUGGCUCUACAGGUCACCCAGAGUCCUUGACUGAGAUAGCUACCCAAAUAGCUGUAGAGAUGAAUGAAUGA